GCGGGCUUGAGCGACGCCGACGCGCGGGCCGCCCUCUUCAACAUCGCCCUCGCCCUCCCCAAGCGCAAGAUUUUGCGCGUGAUCGCCCUGCGCGCCUUCUUCGCCCCGAUUUCGCGGGCGGGCUUGAGCGACGCCGACGCGCGGGCCGCCCUCUUCAACAUCGCCCUCGCCCUCCCCAAGCGCAAGAUGUUGGGCAUGAUCGCCCUGCGCGCCGUCUUCGCCCCGAUGUCGCGGAGAGUGCCUGAGAUGCGGCGCCUGCUGAGUCUCGACAACGGCUCCGGGCUGCGCGUGGACGGCAAUGAAGAAGAUUUGGAG